GUUGAGGAUCCUACGGCAUCAUAUGGUUUCGGGGGAGUGUUUGGUGGUAAGGGUACAUGGACUACGCAUGCCGGUAAUUUUGGUGAAGGGACGAGUAAUUUCGGCGAAGGGACGAGUAAUUUGGGCGAAGGGACGAGCUUUACCAUGAGAGGACCGGACAUUGAGGAAGAAAUUGUUGGAGAUGAAGAUUUCAAUCCCGAUGAAGACGAUUUCACUGAUGAGACCUCGGAAACCGAAUCGGACAGAUCAAUUAAUGAGGAGAGCGAACAAGAAUUCAUUGAAGAACACCCAUUUCCAAAUGAAGGCCUCCACGUAUAUCGCGAGAUGGGUGAGUGGGACUCGUCGUGUGUAGAUAGAGACGAGUAUGCCUUACCACUCUGGGAUGGGCAUGUCGAGACUAUCCGUUUGGGUACAGUUUUUCGUACCAAAGAAGAAGCCCAGACUGGUGUUAUGGCCUGGAAUGUUGAGAAUCUUAGAGCGGUCCGGACAAAACAUUCCAACAAGAAAUCGUUCAAAGUUGUGUGCAGAUCAGCUGAAGUUGUACCAUGUAUGUGGAAGGCCCGGGUGAGUCUUAACAAAUGGGCGCACGACAUGUGGGAGGUAACCGAAUGGACCGAUAGCCACACUUGCAUGCAGGUGGUCGAGAGAAAUGACCACAAGAAUGUGACCGCCACCAUGAUCUCAAAUCUUCUGUUGGCUAAGAUUCAGAAGCAGGUGACCUACAGUGUGGAAAUGGUCCAGGCCGACGUAAAAAGCACCUGGAGUGUCGACGUGAGCUACAAGAAGGCACAAGGAGAGGGAGGCCAGGUGAAGAGAGGCGCGAUAUAUAUGAUCUCAGGAGGACCGACGGACGGAGACUCGAAUAAUGCUAGGAGGGGUCAUGUUCGAGCGAUGAAGAGGAAAAGAGAGGAGGUGGGCAUCACGGCCCGAGUACUAGAAAUUAGUUUUUGGGCAGAGGAUGCAGCAGGGGUGGUGAUACCUCAUAAUGAUGCCUUGGUGAUUACGACAGAAGUUGCAGGUUUCGAUGUAAAAAGGGUGUUUAUAGACACAGGAAGCUCGGUCGAUGUCAUGUUUUAUGAUUGCUUCGUGCAAAUCAAUCGGGAGUUAAAUGUGGAGUUGAAGCUGGUGGCUACGGCCUUGUAUAGUUUUAAUGGCAGAGAGGUUAUGCUGAUGGGAGAAGUAAGUCUAUAUGUAACCCUGGGAAAAGGAGCGACCCGGAAA